UUUUUUGUUUUUUUUUUUUUUGCCGGAGUCGAGCGGGUGCUGCUAGCGGAGGCGCCAUAUUGGAAGGGACAAAACUCCGGCGACAGCGAGUGACACAAAUAAACCCCUGGACCCCCUCGUUCCCCCAGCUCUAAGGGCCGCGAUGUUGUACCUAGAGGACUAUCUGGAAAUGAUUGAGCAGCUUCCAAUGGACCUGCGGGACCGCUUCACCGAGAUGCGCGAGAUGGAUCUGCAGGUGCAAAAUGCAAUGGAUCAGCUGGAACAAAGAGUCAGUGAAUUCUUUAUGAAUGCAAAGAAAAAUAAACCUGAGUGGAGAGAAGAACAAAUGGCAUCCAUCAAAAAAGACUACUAUAAAGCUUUGGAAGAUGCAGAUGAGAAGGUGCAGUUGGCAAACCAGAUAUAUGACUUGGUAGAUCGACACUUGAGAAAGCUGGAUCAGGAACUGGCUAAGUUUAAAAUGGAGCUGGAAGCUGAUAAUGCUGGAAUUACAGAAAUAUUAGAGAGGCGAUCUUUGGAAUUAGAUACUCCUUCACAGCCAGUAAACAAUCACCACGCUCAUUCACAUACUCCAGUGGAAAAAAGGAAAUAUAAUCCAACUUCUCACCAUACGACAACAGAUCAUAUUCCUGAAAAGAAGUUUAAAUCUGAAGCUCUUCUGUCUACCCUUACAUCAGAUGCCUCUAAGGAAAAUACACUAGGUUGUCGAAAUAAUAAUUCCACAGCCUCUUCUAACAAUGCUUACAAUGUGAAUUCCUCCCAGCCUCUGGCAUCCUACAACAUUGGCUCGUUAUCUUCAGGAACUGGUGCAGGGGCAAUUACCAUGGCAGCAGCUCAAGCAGUUCAGGCCACAGCUCAGAUGAAAGAGGGACGAAGAACAUCAAGUUUAAAAGCCAGUUAUGAAGCAUUUAAGAAUAAUGACUUUCAGCUGGGAAAAGAAUUCUCGAUGCCUAGGGAAACAGCUGGCUAUUCAUCCUCUUCAGCACUUAUGACAACAUUAACACAACAGAAUGCCAGUUCCUCAGCAGCUGACUCACGGAGUGGUCGAAAGAGCAAAAAUAACAACAAGUCUUCAAGCCAGCAGUCAUCAUCUUCCUCCUCCUCUUCUUCCUUAUCAUCGUGUUCUUCAUCAUCAACUGUUGUACAAGAAAUAUCUCAACAAACAACAGUAGUGCCAGAAUCUGAUUCAAACAGUCAGGUUGAUUGGACUUAUGACCCAAAUGAGCCUCGAUAUUGCAUUUGUAAUCAGGUAUCUUAUGGUGAGAUGGUGGGAUGUGAUAACCAAGAUUGCCCUAUAGAAUGGUUCCAUUAUGGCUGUGUUGGAUUGACAGAAGCACCAAAAGGCAAAUGGUACUGUCCGCAGUGCACUGCUGCAAUGAAGAGAAGAGGCAGCAGGCACAAAUAAAGGUGGCCCUUUUGUUUGAGAAAGAAAUACUUAAGCUAAACAUUUUAUAUAGGACUUUAGAAAGAAGAAAAGAGAAAGAAGAAACAACGCAUUUCCAGGCAACCACUUAAAGGAUUUACACAGACAAUCCUGUAAGAUCUUGAACUUGAAUUUUAUGGGUUGUAUUUUAAUAAUGUAAGUAAAUUAUUUAUGCACUCCUGGUGUGCUAUGAAUAUUAUUCCAGUUAGCCUUGGAUUAUUUCAGCGGCCAACAUAUGCAGACAUUUGUACUCCUCAACCAUUUUCUCGAAGUAAUGGGCAUUCUAUAAUUUAGACUUCAAAGAAUUCCAACGAUGAAGAUUUUAAGGAAAGUAUUUUAUAUUCAACAGGUAUAUUCUGCUGCAUGUACUGUACUCCAGAGCUGUUAUGUAAUACUGUAUAUAAAUGGUUGCAAAAAAAAGUCAGUGCUUCUAAAAAGAAUUUAAGAUAAUGGUUUUUAAAAUGCCUUUAUAAUAAGCUUUGUUUCUUUGUGAAACUAAUUCAGCAGGCUGAAGGAAAUGGUUCAUGUGAUAAAGUGGGCUGGUGUCCUCUAGAGUACCUGGGUACAUAAACAGAAACUCCUGUAGGUAAAAACUAAUUUGUGCCAUUAGUCUUUAUAUGUUUCUGCAUCCAGAUAGAGUGCAGUUCAUGAGGGUGGGGGUGGGGGGGCUGCUGGGGAAAGGGUGUUAAAGUGAUACAUUUUUAUACCAAAUGUGUUUAUUUUUUUGUGCAAGUAAUCCUUAAAAUUGGAAUUGUAUUAGGUGUUAAAAUAAAGUUUUUAAAAAAUUACUUGUAUUUAUACUUUACAUAAUUAAUAAUGACAAUUUCUUAAUUUCAAUGAACUUCCAGUUUUCAUAACCUAAAAAGGACAAAGGCCCAGGGCACAGAAUGCUGUGUAAUCUGUGAUUUCUUUAAUAAUGUUUGGAAUUUGUGAUAUGAAAGUAAGAGAAAGACAUUUUUAAUGUAAAUUUAAAAUCCCAAUGUAUUUUCCUAGAACAUGUUUCUGGCUUUUCCUUCAGUCUAACAUACGUGAAAGAAGUCUAUUUACAGCAGAUAAAAAGAAAAUAAUGGUUAUAGAUGUUUUGACUGGAGACAAUGUGGCCAACUUGAGUAAAGAGACCUCCCCUGGAUUUAAGCUCAAAAUUUUGCUCUAUUUUUGAUUCUACCACAUGUUGGUAUGACAAUUCAAAUUUUGUGUCACUCUGGGCCUUAACCAGGUUGAUGCUGGCUACAGGAUGUCUUUACAGCACUCCUAAGGUUUUAUUCUAUAGGCGCUGUUUAAAUGAUAAAUUUUGCAUAUAAAAAUACUUUUUAUUUAAAGUAUAAUAUCAAGUCUGGACAAUAGAAAAAUCCUUAAAACUUAUUACAUCAUAUUUCUUUUAUAUUAAGGUUUAUUGAGUUUAUCAGAUUUCUGCUUUAAUUAAAACCACGUAUGAGCCUCUUACAACUUAUUCAGAAAACAGUGUAAAAUCUAUGCAAUGCUACCCAAAAGGUAUGGUGUAGAUAGGGGAUUUCAAAGGUCUAUUCCAGUUUAGAGAUUCCAUGAUUCUGAGCUGCUGCAAUCUGAGUUUAUAACUGUGACAGCUGACUAAAACACGUUAAGGUCAUUUGUGGGCACUCAUAAUUUCAUAAUAUCAUGAGUAUCAUGACUUCGUGAUACUCAAUAUUUUCAUGGAGAUUUUACAAACAUUUUAAGAAGUAAUGUAUAGCAUAGCAUUCAAUUAUAGCUAUUAGUAUGUUACCUGGAGAUGCUCAAGUAUAUCAUUUAUAUCCUCUAAUUAUAUAUUAUGACUUCUCCAAGAUCAUUAAUUUUAUAAGAAUUGGUCAAAGGAAAAAGCCUUACAUAUAGCCUUAUUUUAAGAUAAAGUUCCUUGUCUGAGUCAGGAACAUCCCUAUUUUCCAGCUGCUACUGCUACAGCUUCUUUCAUUGUGUGAAUUCCACUUGCUACCAAAUAACUCAGAAAUCACUUGGACAAAUUUUAAAUUCAAACACUGAAUAUUUUAUGAAGCAUAUAUAAAGAAGUAAACCAAAAUUUUGUGCAAGUAUUUAGAAAUGGGUAGAACCUAUUGUAUCUGAGAUACAUAUAAUGGCCCAAACAUGGAACUACCUCAUCAAAAAAAAUAUGGCCAACUAUUAGUAUCCUUUGUGACAUUAACACCAAGGGGUAUAAUAAGUAUUUUUGGUAUUGUACAAUACACAUUUAAAAUCUUUGUUGUACAAAACUCGUGUAAUAGUUGGUGGCACAAAAAAUCCAAAUGUGGGUUCACAGUUUAUAGGUGGUGAAAAUUGAGGCCUUACUGCUGUGGAGUGUAUAUUAAAAUGUUCAUGGUGACACAUUUGAAGCAAUAAAUGGCUUAAUUAAAUGCCAAAA